AUGGCCGAGAAACUGGCCCCCCCGGGAGAGCUGUUCCUGCGCAAGGGCCGCGAGCCGGUCUCCUCGCUGGACGUGGACCGGCUGGCCCCGGGCGAGGAGUCGUCGGACAGCGAAGGCGAGCAAGAGGGCGGCUCCCACAAGCUCAUCCGCAAAGUCUCCACCUCGGGCCAGAUGAGGGCCAAGAAAAGUGUGAAGGAGGGGCUCCUGCUGAAGCAGACAAGCUCUUUUCAGCGGUGGAAGAGAAGGUUCUUCAAGCUGCGUGGCCGGACACUCUACUAUGCCAAGGAUUCGAAGUCACUGAUCUUCGAUGAAGUGGACCUGUCAGAUGCCAGCGUGGCAGAAACCAGCACCAAGAACAUCAACAACAGCUUUACAGUGAUCACCCCCUUCCGAAAACUCAUUCUUUGUGCAGAGAACCGGAAGGAGAUGGAGGACUGGAUCGGGGCCCUGAAGUCUGUCCAGAAAUGGGAGAUCAAUGAGGCCUCCCAGUUCAACAUGGAGCACUUCUCCGGCAUGCACAAUUGGUACGCCUGCUCCCACGCCCGGCCCACCUUCUGUAAUGUCUGCCGGGAGGCCCUGUCUGGCGUCACGUCCCACGGCCUCUCCUGUGAAGUCUGUAAGUUCAAAGCCCACAAACGCUGUGCUGUGAGAGCCACCAACAACUGCAAGUGGACCACAUUGGCUUCCAUUGGGAAUGACAUCAUUGAGGAUGAAGACGGGGUGGCCAUGCCCCAUCAGUGGCUGGAGGGGAACCUGCCGGUCGGUGCCCGCUGUGCCGUGUGUGACAAGACAUCUGGGAGCGUGCGGAGGCUGCAGGACUGGCGCUGUCUCUGGUGCAAGGCCGUGGUUCACAGUGCUUGCAGGGAACAGCUGGGCAAGAAGUGCCCCCUGGGGCAGCACAAGGUCUCCAUCAUCCCCCCCACCGCCCUCAACAGCAUUGACUCCGACGGAUUCUGGAAGGCCACCUGCCCCUCCAGCUGCUCCAGCCCCCUUCUGGCUUUCGUCAACUCCAAGAGUGGGGAUAACCAGGGGGUGAAGUUUCUGCGCAAGUUCAAGCAGUUCCUCAACCCUGCCCAAGUCUUUGAUCUCAUGAACGGGGGGCCGCACCUUGGGCUGCGGCUCUUUCAGAAGUUCUCCACCUUUCGGAUCUUGGUGUGUGGCGGGGAUGGCAGCGUGGGCUGGGUCCUCUCCGAGAUCGACUCGCUGGGGCUGCACAAGCAGUGCCAACUUGGGGUCCUGCCCCUGGGCACCGGGAAUGACCUGGCCCGGGUGCUGGGCUGGGGCAGCCUCUGCGAUGACGAUACACAGUUGCUGCAGGUUCUGGAGAAGUUGGAGCGUGCCACCACCAAAAUGUUGGACAGGUGGAGCAUCCUGACGUACGAGGCCCCCAAGCAGUCACCACCGGCCCUCAGGGAAGAGGAGAGCGAGGAUUCCACCAUCCAGGCUCAGAUUUCUCACUACGCUGACUCCGUGGCCCUCCACCUGGCGAAGAUCCUGGAGUCUGACAAACAUUCAGUGGUGAUCUCCUCGGCAAAGUAAGGGCGAUGCUCUUCCACCCGGGGCAGGGCGGA